AUGCCUUUGAAAGUACUGAUCGCUGGUGCCGGCAUCGGUGGCCCGGCACUCGCCUUCUGGCUGUCCCGGAUCGGCUGCACCACCACCAUCAUUGAGCGCAGCCCUAGUCUACGAACAACAGGCCAGCAGCUCGACUUCUUCGGCCAGGGAUUGCCCAUCAUCAGAAUGAUGGGAAUCGAAGAUGACUUGCGCGCCAUCUCGGUCAAGGAGCCCGGCGCGCGGUUCGUUGACUACACUGGAAAGAGCAAGGCAUACUUUCCAGCCAGCCAUAGUAUAAGCAUCACGACCCAGCUCGAGGUAAUGCGGGGUGAUGUUGUCGACAUCCUAUACAAGAAGACCAAGGAUCUCAAGGGCGUAGACUACGUCUUCGGGAAUCACAUCAAAGAUCUUUUCCAAGAUGCAGAGAAGGUGCACGUAACGUUUGCCAACGGCGCUAAGGAAAGUUACGACAUGGUUGUGGGCGCCGACGGUAUCGGCUCACCAACACGCAAGAUGAUGCUUGGCCCAUCAUUUCCCGACCCACGAUUCGACCUCGGAGUGCACUUGGCCUAUUUCACCGCGCCUACCCAGGACGGCGAUCCCAAAGACUGGACCAUUUGUCAUGUACCUGGCGGAAAGGCCAUCAUGACGCGGAAGGACAGCGACCAAAACAUCAGGGUGUACCUCGGUGCGCGUGGAGGAUGCGAACACAUUGAUGCUGCCCAAACCCUGGAGGAACGCAAGGCAGCGUGGGCUCUACUAUUCAAAGACACUGUCGGAGCUCAGGCUGAGAGAUUUAUGCGGGCCCUUCAAGAGUCGCCAGAAGCCGAUGACCUUUACGACCAGCAUCUAACCCAGAUCCGGCUCCCGGAAGGCUGCUGGUCCAAGGGACGAGUGGUACUCAUCGGAGACGCCGCGCACUGCCCCACGCCUGUUGGCCGGGGCGGUGGAACAACAUCUGCUCUGAUUGGGGCCUACCUCCUCGCCGGAGAGUUGUCAAAGCAGCUCAAGGAAAAUGCGAGUAACCUCGAGUGUGGUCAUAUCGAGAAGGCAGCAAAGGAGUACGAGAGACUCCUAAGACCGUCUGUCUGGGAGAAGCAAAACAUCGGCACGCAAAUGUUCAACAUAUUCUUUCCCCAGACUAGUUGGGGAAUAAGCUGGCUUCACUUUGCGGGGUGGUUGAUCGCCAAGUGGCCGUACAGUAUCGCCUCCCGCUCCGAAGAGUCAUCCAAGUUACUCUUUCCUGAUUACUUUGGACUCAGCUCGGCCGCUGAGAGUUGA